UUUCUUUUUCCUAGGGGGAAAUGCAGGCUAUCCAAUUAUGAGACUCAGUGAGAACUGAGCUGCUGCUGGUGGAUGCGGUAUGGGAACAGCAAACUUCAUUGCCCUGGCAGUCCGCCUGGAUUGAUAACUGUCACCCCUCCUCCAGCAAGCUUUGAACUUGCACGGAGUACUGGAAACACUAAUCCUCUCGGAAGCAGUUGACUGUGGCAGGAUGUGUGGAUGAUGAUGAUGGCAAGAAAGCAAGAUGCUCGCACUCCCACCUACAACAUUAAUGUGGUGGGAUUGUCCGGGACGGAGAAGGAGAAGGGGCAGUGUGGCAUUGGGAAGUCUUGCCUCUGCAAUCGGUUUGUGCGGCCUAGUGCAGAUGACUUUCAUUUGGACCACACUUCCGUUCUCAGCACCAGUGACUUUGGAGGAAGGGUUGUCAAUAAUGAUCACUUUCUGUACUGGGGGGAAGUUGGGCGUCCCCUGGAGGAUUGCGUGGACUGUAAAAUGCAUAUUGUGGAACAGACUGAAUUUAUUGACGACCAGACUUUUCAGCCACAUCGUAGCACGGCCCUGCAGCCCUAUAUCAAAAGGGCAGCUGCAACCAAACUUGCAUCAGCUGAAAAGCUCAUGUACUUUUGCACUGAUCAGCUGGGGCUGGAACAGGACUUUGAACAAAAACAAAUGCCAGAUGGGAAGCUGCUGAUUGAUGGCUUUCUUCUCUGCAUCGAUGUUAGUAGAGGUAUGAACAGGAAUUUUGAUGAUCAACUUAAGUUUAUUUCAAAUCUUUACAAUCAACUAGCAAAAACAAAAAAGCCCAUUGUGGUGGUCCUGACGAAGUGUGAUGAAGGAGUGGAGCGGUACAUUCGAGAUGCACAUACUUUUGCCUUAAGCAAAAAGAAUCUCCAGGUUGUGGAGACAUCUGCUAGAUCCAAUGUGAAUGUUGACCUGGCUUUCAGCACUUUAGUGCAGCUAAUUGAUAAAAGUAGGGGGAAGACUAAAAUUAUCCCCUACUUUGAAGCUUUGAAACAGCAGAGCCAACAGAUAGCUGCUUCAAAAGAUAAGUAUGAAUGGCUGGUUAGCCGCAUUGUCAAAAACCACAAUGAAACAUGGUCGAAUGUCAGCCGGAAGAUGCAGUCCUCUCCAGAAUAUCGGGACUACGUGUAUUUGGAAGGAACACAGAAAGCCAAGAAGUUGUUCCUACAACAUGUCCAUCGCCUCAAGCAAGAGCAUAUUGAGCGCAGAAGGAAGAUGUAUCUUGCUGCUCUUCCUCUAGCAUUUGAUGCUCUUAUUCCUAAUCUGGAUGAAAUAGAUCACCUGAGCUGCAUAAAAGUAGAGAAGUUAUUGGAGACUAAGCCAGAUUUCUUAAAAUGGUUUGUUGUUCUUGAUGAGACCCCUUGGGAUGCUACUAGCCAUAUAGACAACAUGGAAAAUGAAUGCAUUCCUUUUGACCUGAUGGAGACUUUGCCUGCAGAGCAACUUUAUGAAGCUCACUUAGAAAAGCUGAGAAAUGAGAGGAAAAGAGCAGAAAUGAGAAGGGCUUUCAAAGAAAAUCUGGAGACUUCCCCUUUCAUAACACCUGGAAAACCCUGGGAAGAGGCUCGUAGUUUUAUUAUGAAUGAGGAGUUUUACAUGUGGCUGGAGGAAUCUGUCUAUAUGGAUAUCUACGGCAAACACCAAAAACAAAUUAUAGAAAAGGCAAAGGAGGAGUUUCAGGAACUGCUUCUGGAAUAUUCAGAAUUGUUUUAUGAGCUGGAGCUGGAUGCUAAACCUAGCAAAGAGAAAAUGGGGGUCAUUCAAGAGGUUUUAGGUGAAGAGCAAAGAUUUAAAGCUUUACAAAAGCUGCAAGCGGAGCGAGACGCCCUUAUUUUGAAGCACAUUCAUUUUGUGUAUCACCCAACUAAGGAAACUUGUCCUAGCUGCCCAGUUUGUAUAGACUCUAAAAUCGAGCACUUGAUCAGUUCCAAGUUUAUAAGACAAUCCGAGCGCAAUCAGAAAAACUUGCUUUCUGAUUCCAAUAUAGAUAGGAUCAAUCUAGUUAUUCUUGGCAAAGAUGGCCUCGCACGUGAACUAGCAAAUGAGAUUCGAGCUCUGUGUACAAAUGAUGACAAGUAUGUGAUAGAUGGUAAAAUGUAUGAACUUUCCUUGAGACCAAUUGAGGGUAAUGUCCGACUUCCUGUUAAUUCUUUUCAGACACCAACAUUUCAGCCACACGGUUGUCUCUGCCUUUAUAAUUCGAAGGAAUCUCUAUCUUACGUUGUGGAAAGUAUUGAAAAGAGUAGAGAGUCCACCCUUGGCAGAAGGGACAAUCACUUGGUUCAUCUUCCUCUGACACUAAUACUGGUUAACAAGAGAGGGGACACCAGUGGAGAAACACUGCAUAGCUUAAUACAGCAAGGUCAACAGAUCGCCAGUAAACUACAGUGUGUCUUUCUUGACCCCGCUUCUGCUGGCAUUGGAUAUGGACGUAACAUUAAUGAAAAGCAAAUCAGUCAAGUUUUGAAAGGAUUACUGGACUCGAAGCGUAACUUAAAUCUUGUAAGUUCUACAUCUAGCAUCAAAGAUUUAGCAGAUGUUGACCUUCGAAUUGUUAUGUGUUUGUUGUGUGGAGAUCCUUUUAAUGCAGAUGACAUCCUUCUACCUAUCCUUCAGUCCCAAACCUACAGACCUUCCCAGUGUGGCAGUAGUAACUCAGUUCUACUUGAACUACCAAUAGGAUCACACAAAAGACGGAUAGAACUGUCCAUCCUUUCAUACCAUUCCUCAUUCAGCAUUAGGAAAAGCCGGUUAGUCCAUGGGUACAUUGUGUUUUUUUCAGCAAAACGUAAGGCGUCCUUGGCUAUGUUACGUGCCUUUCUUUGUGAAGUGCAGGAUAUUAUCCCUAUUCAAAUUGUGGCACUCACAGAUGGCUCAAUAGACAUUUUAGACAAUGACUUAAGUCGAGAACAGCUGACUGAGGGACAGGAGAUUGCCCAAGAAAUUGAUGGAAAGUUUACGACAAUAUCCUGUAGCCCGCCUCAACAUAAACUCGAGAUCUUUCACUCAUUCUUUAAAGAUGUGGUGGAGAAAAAAAAUAUAAUUGAAGCCACUCAUAUGUAUGAUAAUGCUGCUGAAGCAUGCAGCACGACGGAAGAAGUGUUUAAUUCACCUCGGGCUGGCUCACCUCAUUGUAAUUCAAACCUUCACGAUUCAGAAGAAGACACUGAGCCACCAUCUUACAGCCCAUUUAGAGAGGACACAUCCAUGCCCACUUUGCCCAAAGAUCAUUCUAAACUGUCAAUGGAACUGCUGGAGGGGAAUGAUGGUCUGUCUGUCUUUUCUGUUAUGAGCACUUUCGAAAGCAAGCUGAACAACAAAGUACCUCCUCCAGUGAAACCAAAGCCCCCUGUACACUUUGACAUUACAAAGGGGGAUCUGCCUUAUUUGGAACAAGGGCAUAGAGAUGGACAGAGGAAGUCUGUGUCAUCUAGUAGUUGGCUGCCUACAGAUGGUUUUGACCCUUCUGAUUAUGCAGAACCUAUGGAUGCUGUGGUCAAACCAAGGAAUGAGGAGGAAAAUAUAUACUCUGUGCCUCAUGACAGCACCCAAGGCAAAAUCAUCACCAUUCGUAAUAUUAACAAAACUCAGUCUAAUGGCAGUGGUAAUGGUUCAGACAGUGAAAUGGACACGAGCUCUCUGGAACGUGGUCGAAAGGUGUCUAUUGUUAGUAAACCUGUGUUGUAUCGGACAAGAUGUGCAAGACUUGGGAGAUUUGCCAGUUACAGAACCAGUUUCAGUGUAGGAAGCGAUGAUGAGUUGGGGCCCAUUAGGAAGAAAGAAGAAGACCAGACAUCCCAAGGAUAUAAGGGGGAUAAUGCUGUUAUUCCGUAUGAAAGUGCAGAUGGAGAAGAUCCAAGGAGAAGGAACAUUUUACGAAGCUUGAGAAGGACAACAAAGAAACCAAAGCCAAAGCCUCGGGCAUCCAUCACAAAGACUCCGUGGGAAAGUAAUUAUUUUGGGGUGCCUUUGUCCACUGUAGUGACUCCAGAAAAGCCUAUUCCCAUCUUUAUCGAGCGAUGUAUUGAGUACAUUGAAGCAACAGGGUUGAAUACUGAAGGAAUCUAUCGUGUGAGUGGAAACAAGUCUGAAAUGGAGAGUCUGCAGAGACAGUUUGAUCAAGAUCACAAUCUAGACCUGGCGGAGAAGGACUUUACAGUGAAUACUGUGGCUGGUGCCAUGAAGAGCUUCUUCUCAGAACUGCCCGAUCCCCUGGUACCGUACAAUAUGCAGAUUGAACUGGUGGAGGCCCACAAAAUUAAUGACCGAGAGCAGAAGCUACAUGCGCUCAAAGAGGUGCUGAAGAAAUUUCCCAAGGAGAACUAUGAGGUCUUCAAAUAUGUCAUCUUUCAUUUGAACAAGGUCAGUCACAACAACAGAGUGAAUCUGAUGACGAGCGAGAACCUCUCCAUCUGCUUCUGGCCCACCUUGAUGAGACCUGACUUCAGCACUAUGGACGCUCUCACUGCAACUCGCACCUAUCAGACAAUCAUUGAACUCUUCAUCCAGCAGUGCCCCUUCUUUUUCUACAAUCGACCAAUUAUCGAGCCCCCCAGUGCUACACCCAGUUCUCCGUCAGCGGUUCCUGCCAGCACACCUGUCUUAUCCAGCACACCUGUGAUGACUCAGCCGUCCCCACCACAGACUCCUCCUCCAUCACCACAGUCUCCUCUCCAGCCUCUUCUCCCACCCCAGCUUCAAGCGGAGCAGCACACACUGUGAACUGGUGUGGGAGAAAGGAGGUUUGGUCUUUUCUCACACAGCGUGGAGAUUGGAAAGAAAACCCAGGGUUCUGCUGUCCCCCCCUCUCUACCAUCCUGUUGCAAGCUACAGCUGUGUUGGCAGUCUGAGAAAGCAGGAACAAGUUGGGCCAUUGGGUGCACAUUUUGAGCGUUCCAGACUGGUGCCUGGGACUGGGUUGAAGAGGACAUUGGACCUUUCUCUUGUUUGUGGGGGUUGUGGGGGGGGGCACUUUUGAGUACUGAAUCUGUUCAAGUGUGAUUGGUUCUGAUCCAAGCCAACCUACGUUCAUGACAACACUACCGAGUUCAGUCUAGGGCUCUGAGAUCUAUUGCUUCUGUCCACUUGGCUGCUUGUACAGAACAUGUCCUUUGACUGACUCUUCGCAACACCCUCAGCCUGUGCAUGGGAAAGAUCCUGCCAGAGCGCAGAGCCGCAGAAACACCCAAACACGUUCCACAGGAUAUGGUUGAGGCUCAUCAAACACUAAAAAAAAAAAAAAAGAAAGACACUAAUCAUGGGGACCAGAACUCAGAGCAAUCUCACUGCUAGCAGAUCAGCGUAGCUACUCCGAAAGCUGCAUUGCCACAGGUCUGGACCCGGUAUCUCUCUAACAAGUACAGCUUUGUGUGUGGACAAAGCUAGAAUGUAACUUUCUCUGACUUAACUGAUGACCAGGGUGGGAAGUGAGAGGAAUCUCCCUUCAGAGCAAAGGAACACUGGAAAACUAACAUGUUCCCACCAUCCACUGGUUUUAAUCAAGAGAUGAGAGACGUGGACAGACCAUGGCCCCUUUUCCUUGGAAGCAGAACUACUGUGCAGCAGGUUCCUUAGGAGAGUUCAGGCUUGUUGGGCUGCCCUUGAUUUGGCUUAGCCUUGCCUUUUCUUUGACAAAUCACUACAUCUCUCUCACCCUGGUAGAAUUUGGCAUUAGCACUUACAGGAUGAGAGGUUUGGAAACACAGUAGAUGUUUACUAUCAGACAAGCUGGAUUUUGAUUCCUUUAAAACGCUAUUGUUACUGAAACACUUUUGUUAAACUGCGUCUGGGGAGGGUGGUGGGCAGGUGGUGGGACUAGAACACUUUUUUCUUUUGUCGGUGGAAAGGUUUUUCAGUCCAGCACUUAUUGUGCAAUGAGGUUGUGAGGGAAGCGUGUGUCUGCAGUGUGUCACAGGGCUCUGAAGGCACAGACAGUAUUGCAGCUAACUUGUCCAUGGCAGGGACUGCGGUAGUAAGGGUAGUAGCCCUCAGUUGGGUGGCUGCUGAAGCCUCUGUAAACCUUGAGGACAUUCUGGCUUUGUGGGUAAGACUUGGUGCAAGUAUCCCCGCUAGACGGGGAGGGUGGAGUACGUUACUGGUGUCCCCUCAAGGCUCUGAUUUUGUUUGCUUAAAAAAAAUUGUAGCCAACCUGAUGGAAGAGGGACCCAUCAUGGAAGAGGGACCCACCUUCCAGGCCCUCUUUGUAUCUCCAGCUGGUAGAAGUUAGGUGACACACUUUGGCUUUUUGACAAAGGGUGGUGGCUGUUCACUGCAUUCUCACCUGCUGCUGGUUGAUACCACAAAAUUAGCAAGAAAGGUAGGGAGUGAAUGUUGAAGGGGAGUGGAUGGAAAAAAAGCUGUACAUGAGUAAAAAGGAUGGUAGGUUCUCAAGGCUCCAUCUUGGACCGGCCUUCAGGAUCCAUACUUGGAUCCCUGGUAUGGUGCCACCACAGAAGAGCGUGUGCAAGUUUAAGUAGUGCUACAUGACAUGCAAAGUGCUAAUUUGGCACCUGAACUGCUGUACCUGCUGUCUUCUCACUCACCUCCGUGUGUGUGUGUGUGGUCCAGUCCUGCCAUCCUGGCCCUGGCCCCUCUAGACUGUCUUGCGCGCAUGUCACCUUCCUCCUCCCUCUCUCCCCACACGUAAGCUGCUGUGUGUGCGAAUCAUAUCUUAAACCUGUGUUGUCUCCCCAUCUCCUCUCUGUGUGUGGCCUCCCUAUCCUCAGUCAUAUAGGGCAGUUUUUAACUGGAGUUUCUAUGGUACCAAUGGGAGAAAUCCCUACAAAGACCCUCCUGUGUCUCCUCGCACUUUAAUAUGGGAUCUGUGAUUUAUCACUAUUUUUUAUCUUUCAAGGAUGUUUGAGUCCCUAUAUCUAGGCAGUUUAAAAAAAAUUAAAAACAAAAAUAGCCUCAAAGCACGCCCUGCCCUCCUUACGCCCUUCGGCACGCAGAGCCAGCUCUCCAUGAACUGAAUCCCUCCUAUAAAUAAGCUGGGUUAUUUAUGUACUGACAAAACUGCAUUUAAAGUUAUACCUAUGACAGAAUAAUGUGCUUGAAAGUACUUCUUAUAGCAUUCCUCCGAGUUUUAUAUUCUCAUGCUUUAAAACAAAAGCUUUUAUGUAAAUAUUGGAUGCUGUUUUUUUAGAACUUAAACCUCCUCCCUCCCCACAAAAGCCCUUAGGUUGUGCAUGUGUGAUGCUAACGUUCUGAGUGGAGAAGGAGAGUUGAAGCCCAAGGUUGAUUCCUUUCAAACCUUUCACCAUAAAAUAAGGACCCAUCUGUGCUCCAUUGGACUUUCUUGCUUCUCUGUAGGCAGUGAGGAUGGGAAAGGGUUUUUUUGGUGUUCUUCCUUUGGAUUCUUUGGGGUCAUUUUGCUUUGUGUAAAAAGGUUUGUUUCCGUGCCUUUCUUAUAGGUCUGAUGCUAAACUUCUCUCUAGACAGCUCUUUGGUACCUCUUUCCAAAACCUGCUCAGAACAGAGCCGUCCUGUCUGAGGAUGUUGGGAGGACGGGACCUCUUCCUUCACACAAAAAAACAAAAAUAAAAUCCCAUUCUCUGCAGAACAGUAGUGCAUUCUUCCCCCGAGGCACUGAUCAGUUCCUGUUGUUCUGCCUGAAAACUAAAGCAAUCAAUCUCCAGAACUCCCAUCCUGGAUUCCUCUACUGUGCAGAGGCUGGUUCUGCCCAGUUACCCAUCUGUGGCCUUGAGAUUUUGUCCUCAAUUUGUGUAUAUUGCUGACUGAAGCAGCAAGGCAUGGCGCAUCGGGAGUGGGGUGUGUAGGAAGGGCGCAGCCAUUGUAAUUGUACUGAUCUAGUCUGAGGUUCUAGAUGCAGCAGGGGAGCCUGCUUUUGCCCAUAGGAUGGAAAUAAUGUACCUCAUUUUAAAAAACAAACACUGCUGAUUGAUUUCCUACGGGAUUUGCUCACUAAUUCUGUUCUACCCUGGAGAUGCCUGCUGUGAAGAUAGACUAGCAGGCCCAUCCUAAGGGAAAGAGGUGUAUGUUACAGAACGUACUGUCUCCAAUCAGGUGGCACAUACCUGGUUGCAAAGCACCUGAUUGGUUGCUCCUCAUUGACAGGCGUUAACCGUCUGUCCCUCCCUGAGCAGUAACGUUCUGCCCAUACCUCAAACACUAAGUUUUUCACAUACCUUUCAUGCCACCUGUGCUUUACAAAUGGUCAAGACUUUUCUGUGUUCUGGGGAAUGUGGUUUUUCUGUACAGUGGAGGUAACGGCUCUAGAGCAGACAAGAAGUGCAUGUUUGGUUUCAUCAUGCAUGUGGUACUCCUGGGGGAAUUCUGCGCCAAAAAAUUAAAAAUUAUGCUCACAAUACUUUAAAAUUCUGCAGAUUUUAUUUGUUGAAAUAACAAUAUAAUCACAUCAGUUUCAAUAAUUUUAGUAAUUUAUUUCAAAAUACCUAUCAGCAGGUAUGUCUCUAACAAUACAGAUAACAGAAAGAUCGAGGAAAUGUUUUUUGACAAAUUGAUUCCUUACUAGGCAUAUAAAUACAGACCGUUGAGUAAUCAUUCAUUUACACUACAAUACAGAAACAUAUUUCCUGAACCCCUCAGAAGCAGUGCAAAGGCUUGCGGGAGUCCAGGGAAACAGAGGAGCUGAGGGAGAGGGAAGUAAUUGCUGGGAAGAAGCCUGGAUAUGAACUCGGGGAAUUGUUGGGUGUAGGUGGGAAAAUUAUGGAACGGGGUUUGUGUUUUUUUGUGCGGGGAGAGGGAUUGUUGAGGAGCCUCCCACAUGCAGACGCUGGUUGACCACUAGCCUCUCUCAUUCAGUCAGGCACAUCUGGCCCUGGCCUCAUAUGUUCCUGCACCCCCAUUCAGCCACCUCUUCUCCCCCAUGUGUCCCUGUACCCCUAUCACCCCAUCCCAUCUCCGCGCCCCCUCCUCGUCUCCACGUGUCACUGCAUUCCUCCUCCCAUUCAUCCUCUGCCCCAGUCCGUCUCGCCCACCAGCCCUUUUGAACCCCAGUCUGACCCCCCAGCAGCCCCAUGUGCCCCACACUGUCCGUCCCCCUAUAUCCCAUGCCUCUUGACCUGGCCCCAUGGGCAGGGCACUGCGAAGAAUGCAGCCUCUUCGCUUCCUUAGCAGGAGCUGAGGCUGUUCCUGCCCAGAAGUGGCAUGGCCACAGUGACCCCUGGUGCGCAAAAGGCAUAACUGCAGAACUUGUAUUUUCUGCUGAGAAAAAACAUUCUGCGUGGCACAUGAAUUCUGCGUGUGCACAGUGGUGCAGAAUUCCCCCCCUCUCCCCCUUCCGGAGUAAUGUGGUUAUGUUCCACUAACAGCACUGUUCUUACUGCAGGCGGGAAGGGUGGGGAGGAAAAGUAGGCACCGAAGGGUGGAAAUUUGAGUAGUCUUUAGCUUCUAGUUGCAUUUUGAAAACUGUCUUGGCUGUGUGCUCACCAUGUGGCUAAAUCAGCUAUCCAGUGUGCAGCUUAUCUCCCUAGGAGAGUAUUCUGCUAGAGGCUGGAAAUGUGUCUGCUUCCUUGCCCAUGUAGUCUAUGGUACCUAUCAUAGAGAUAGCGGUAAAAUUCUUCCAAAGUAUUCAUUUGUUUUGUCGGGCAAAUGGAUGUUUUCUUCAUGUGUUUUUUGGACGCGCUUAGAACCUGCUUCAUUAAUCCAGCGCGCUCCAGCUUUUCUGUGAUUCUGUUCUUCCUUUCUUGUGCAACUCCGAGCGUCCAUGAUCCUUGCUAUUCUGUGUUAUUUUAAAGUAAAAUUUAACCCUUUUAAAUAGAUUACAGGCAGCUGAGGUUUAAGCCACUUGUUUAAAAGAACCUGAUUGAAGAGGAUUGGCGACGGAUGCUUAUUGGACACUAGGCAGCGUUUCUGGACAUGUAGCCAGCACUUCCUUUCAGCUGUGCUCGGCUCUUAUACUUGGCGAUUACAUUUCAUCAGUGAUUAUACCUGUGACAUUUCAUAGUUCUUAAACAGUCAUCGGAGUGGGGAAAUAAAUCUUUUAACCACUUCCACUUUAAUUGCUGUGCUGAUUAUUCGUCUUCAAUUUCAGUGACUCAGCAACUGUGGUCGAGAGUCUGAUUUUUAUUUUUUUGUACAGCCACGUACGGUUUUAGUUUCCCUAAAUCAUUUCCUCAUUCAAGUAUGUGUCAUUCAGUCUGUCUGUCACUCUAACCCAGAGCGCUGCAUAGAUUUGCAGAGUUCCCACUGUUAUUUUCUCUCCCUACUUCUUGUGUAAUAGGUCCUAGUUUUUCUAGGUUUAAAAACCCUUUUUGUAAAAUUGAAAUACAAUAGGAAUAUUGUAUUUUAAAUUUAGUUUAAAGCAGGACAUAAGUUAUUGUUUAAAUAAAAAAAAAUCCUUAAUUUUUUCCCUGUGUACAUUUUAAAAACAAAAAUCUGUCUCUUAAAUUGUAUGGGAAUAAAACUUGUCCUGAAAAGUUGGAUUAGUACGGCACCCAGCUUAUUUUUCUGGUACUUGUAUUUUCACAUGUAAAAUGAUCUCUAUAUAUGUUGAAUUAACAAAUAUUUUGAGUUCAAGAAGAAGAAAAAAAAAACAUAUUAAUGGUAUUAAAAUGUGUUAGUAGUUCCAGCUAAGUAUGUGCCCGAAACAAGUUUUUUGCAGGAAAAAAAAAGUGAAGAUCUGUAUGUAAAGAACAGUAUAACGGUUAUUUCUUUGUAUUUUUAGGGGCCUAACAGCUACAUCCUUUAGUUAUUGGUGAUAGAAUAUAUUUCCUUUUACGCUUCUUUUAAGGACAUUUUUAACAAUUUGUGGUAUUUUCCAGGGCCAAUCCAAUUAGUGCAUGAUAAUGUUUCAAGCUCGGGGCCGAGGAGCCCGUUUUCUGCUGAGUUUAAAAAAAAACAAAAAAAUCAUGUAUUUGCUACAGAGUAUUGUAAUUGUCUCAAU